CCAGCCAGCCAUGUUGGCCAUAUUCGGCUGAGAGCUGAAACCGUGCUGGUGUUCUCCGAGCGCUGUCACUGUGUGUCCAACGUCAAAGGAGGUUUGACAUACACACAAAGAGCACUAUUGCUGAAAAAAGAUUAGAGAACUCCCUGAAAGUCUUCUCGUGUUUCUAGUGAAUUAGUUUUUUCUCAUUGUGCAAUCCUAUCUAUUGGCCGCCAUAGUGGGAGAAGUUGGUUGGCGACUGGUCCGAGUUCGUUUGUACGUUUGAGCUCGACCGUCGAAAACAGCAUCGAAAAUGGCAGGCAAUCAGGGAAUGGAAUCCCUUAUUCCUCUUGUGAACAAACUGCAAGAUGCCUUCACUUCAUUGGGGGUGCAAAUGUCUCUCGACUUGCCCCAAAUUGCAGUAGUGGGUGGCCAAAGUGCAGGAAAAAGCUCUGUGUUGGAAAAUUUUGUUGGCAGAGAUUUCUUACCUCGGGGAUCUGGCAUAGUCACUCGGCGUCCCCUUAUUUUGCAGUUGAUCAAUUCUGCCCAAGAGUAUGGAGAAUUUCUGCACUGCAAAGGGAAGAUAUUCUCUGAUUUUGAUGAAAUUCGAAAAGAAAUUGAAGCAGACACUGACCGAUUAACUGGCACCAAUAAAGGAAUUUCCAACUUACCCAUCAAUUUGAGAGUAUAUUCACCUCAUGUGCUGAACAUCACGCUGAUCGACUUGCCCGGUCUGACCAAGAUCCCAGUGGGCGACCAGCCUGUGGACAUCGAGGCACAAAUCCGCGAUAUGAUUUUUCAAUUCAUCACUAAGGAGACUUGCCUCAUCUUGGCUGUUACUCCUGCCAAUAUUGAUUUGGCCAAUUCGGACGCUUUGAAAUUGGCCAAAGAAGUCGAUCCUGCAGGUUUGCGAACAAUUGGUGUCAUCACCAAAUUGGACUUGAUGGACGAAGGAACUGAUGCUCGCGAGGUACUGGAGAACAAGCUGUUACCUCUGCGUCGCGGUUACGUCGGUGUGGUCAACCGCAGUCAAAAGGAUAUUGACGGUCGCAAAGAUAUCAAAGUUGCCGUGGCGGCCGAGCGCAAAUUUUUCCUCGGCCAUCCCUCCUAUCGCCAUAUGGCCGAAAGGAUGGGCACGCCGUACCUCCAACGUGUUCUCAAUCAACAACUUACCAACCAUAUUCGUGAAACCUUGCCGGGAUUAAGAGAUCGUCUCCAGAAACAAUUGCUGAGCAUGGAGAAGGAAGUGGAGCAGUACAAAUACUUUCAGCCCAACGAUCCGAGCAUCAAAACCAAAGCCAUGCUUCAGAUGAUCCAGCAGCUACAAUCGGAUUUCGAACGAGCUAUCGAGGGUUCGGGUUCAGCCAAUAUUAAUACGAUGGAACUGUCAGGUGGUGCCAAGAUCAACCGCUUGUUCCACGAACGAUUCCCAUUUGAAAUAGUCAAAAUGGAGUUUGACGAGAAAGAGCUGCGACGCGAAAUUGCUUUUGCCAUUCGCAACAUUCACGGUAUUCGCGUUGGUCUAUUCACGCCCGAUCUAGCCUUCGAGGCCAUCGUCAAGAAGCAGAUAUCUCGCCUCAAAGAGCCCUCCCUCAAGUGUAUCGAUUUGGUCGUCACCGAACUGACUAACGUCGUCCGCUUCUGCGCCGAAAAGAUGAAUCGCUAUCCUCGACUGCGCGAGGAAGUCGAGCGUAUUAUCACUACACAAAUCCGUGAGCGUGAGCAACGAUGCAAGGACCAGAUCAUCCUUCUCAACGAGUGCGAGCUGGCCUAUAUGAACACCAACCACGAGGACUUUAUCGGAUUCGCCAACGCCCAGCAGUCUUCUGAGAAUGCCAGCAACGCCGGACUUAAGCUGGGCAAUCAAGUCAUCCGACGUGGUUAUAUGUCGAUCUCCAAUCUGGGAAUCAUGAAAGGCGGUUCUCGGGACUACUGGUUUGUUUUGACCUCGGAGACACUGUCGUGGUACAAGGACGAAGAGGAAAAAGAUAAGAAGUACAUGCUGAAUCUGGAUGGUCUGAAAUUGCGCGAUAUAGAGCAAGGAUUCAUGUCUCGUCGGCAUGCCAUCGGUCUGUUUAAUCAAGACGGUCGUAACGUUUACAAGGAUUAUAAACAACUGGAAGUGAGUUGCGAGACCCAAGACGAAGUUGAUUCCUGGAAGGCGUCGUUCUUGCGUGCAGGUGUCUACCCUGAAAAAAUAUCUGAUACCACCAACGGUGAAGAUUCUGGAGAACGGGAGAGUUCCGCAUCGAUGGAUCCCCAACUCGAGCGGCAGGUUGAGACGAUUCGCAACUUGGUUGACUCAUACAUGAAGAUCGUCACCAAGACCACUAGAGAUUUGGUGCCCAAGACCAUUAUGCACUUAAUGAUCAACAAUACCAAGGAUUUCAUCAUGGCUGAGUUGCUGGCCAAUCUCUACGCUCAGGGCGACACGAGUAACAUGAUGGAAGAGAGCGCCGAGGAAGCCGUGAAACGCGAGGAAAUGCUUCGAAUCUACCACGCCUGUAAAGAGGCUUUGAGGAUUAUUGGCGAUGUGUCGAUGGCUACCGUAUCGACCCCCGUUCCACCACCCGUCAAGGGCGGUGGCGACGACGACUACUUUAGGUCUGGACCUGAUAAUUCCAGCAUUGGCCAGCGAGUAUCGCCUCCAUCUCCAGGCGGCCCUAAUCGUCGCCCAAUGAGCGGCGUUCCUUCGGCUCCUGGACCGACCUCUUCAGUCAGCCGAGCUCCACCAGCUCCCCCUGCUGCUGGUCGUCCUGCACCGGCCGUGCCCAAUCGACCAGGAGAUGCGACAGGCAGAGCCCCACCGGCUCCACCUUCGCGCCCCGGAGCAGGAACUGGCCUCCCUCCGCCACUAGUGCCAACGCGAGGAGUAGGAGGAGGAUCCCAGCAGCCCGGCAUCGUCAUACCGCAGCGCGUCCAGCAAGCCGUAGUCAACGUCGCCGUCAAUGAAAUGGUCGGCGCCCUCGGGAAGCAGUUUAAAUUCAAUUAGAAAAAAAAAAAAAAAAAAAGAAUCUCUUUUUCACACAAAAACGAAAUCCUUCUUGUUAUUACCUCACCUUCCCCUACCAAACCACUGAAACAUUCCGUUAUUAUUUUAUUUUAUUUUUCCGGAAAUCUGAGAAUGUUGUUGUGUCAAUUCUAAAUUCCGGUUUGAAAAAAAAAAACGGAAAAUAGAAAUGAUGGAGAAAGCUGUUUCGGUUUGUCCCUGCCUCACCCCUCUCACACCCUUAUGUUUUCUACCUGUCUUUAGUAAGAAGAAAUGUUCACUAAGUGUAGUCGAAAAGCACUACGUCGUUGUUGUUGUUCACCAAUCGCGUCGCUUUCUAUCAAGUGGCCUGUUAGGAAAAUCAUUGGGACAGAACGCGGACUUGUAACACGAGCCCUUAAAAAAAAAGAAUCUUUAGCUAUAGGCCAUGUUUAUCCCUCCUUGUUAAAGAAGAAGAAAAAACACAAAACCUUAACCUUCUUAUUAAAAAAAAAAUCCCUAAUAAUAAUUCGAUGUGGUUUAAGCUAAAUUGAUUAGAAGUUUUUGCUUGGGAUACGAUUCCAUUGAAGAAGAAACAUGUUGUUUGUUACUUAGAUCAUCUUUCCCCUUUUUCCUUGGCUCUUGGUUUUUUUUUUUUAACAGCACUUGCCAGUUUGUUUAUCGCGUCAUUUUCCUUUAAUGAUAUACAUACAAGAAAACUUAUGUCCAUUUAUCCACAUUGAUGUUUGUCUUUGGAAAUGUUUUUUUUUUUUUCUUGUGCCGACACGCUACACUAAACUGUUCGUAGUCCAAUUGAAUAGUACACGAAAGUGUGUGUUAACAGUAUCAGAUGGAUGUUCAGUACUGGAAAGUUUAAAAACAAAAAGGGCCAGCUAAUAAAAAAGAAGAGACGCCUACCCCAACCAUCACCGCCACUACACCCAUUUCUGUUCCCCCGAACAAACUUUUGUACAGUAGUGUUUCGCUUUUUAAUUUUUUUUUUUAAUAAUCGGAUGAAUUGAUUCUCUUCAAUUUUAUAGAAGGAAAUGAAAAAAAAUUGAAAGCAAUUCCCAAUUCCGAUUUUUGUUUCCUCAUUUCCUUUUUCUGUUCUUUUUUUUUUCUCUAUACAUAUUAUAGGGGGGGAAUUGUGUGCGUGUGUGUGUGCGCGUGUUUGUGAGAUGCUUAAUGCCCACCCACAAAACAAAAACAUUGUGUUUUCCUCCCUAUCAUCAUUUCCAUUUAACCUGAAUCUCUCCACGAGCUAAACUCUUGAAUCCAUUUACAGAAUACAAUUUGUUGAAAAUUCACUUGAAAUAAAAACUACGGGCGCUUUAUACAGAUCUUGCUUGUUAACAGUGAUUAUCCCUUUUUUUUU